AGCUCAAAGCAGUGGCGCUCACUCCGGCAAGCGACUUGCAGCGGCAGCAGCAGCAGUGGGUAGCAGCAAGAGUCGGCCACGUCCCCGGCUAACGAGGUUGGAGGAGGGAGGAGGAAAGCUUCCUCUCUUCUUCCCGUGCUCCCCGAGAGAGCGAGAGAGAAGAGUGAAAAGGAGAGAGAGGAGAGAGAGGGCUUCAGAACGCCGGCUGGGGAGGCUGCCGCAAGGCACGAGUUGUCAGCCCCUGGAUUUACCUCGCGGCAAACUCGAGUGACCUCGUGAAACAACUAACCAGCAGCCGGCAGCAACAAACAACAACAAGCGUCAUAAGCAGCAGCAGAAGUGCCAUCAGCACGAACAUCAGCAGCAGCAUCAUCAGCAGCAAAAGUGUCAUCAGCAGCAGCAUCAUCAUCAUCAGAAGUGCCAUCAGCACGAACAUCAGCAGCAGCAUCAUCAGCAGCAGAAGUGCCAUCAGCAACAGCAUCAGCAGCAGAAGUGCCAUUAGCAGGAACAUCAGCAGGAGCAUCUGCAGCAGAAGUGCCAUCAGCAGGAACAUCAUCAUCAGCAGCAGAAGUGCCAUCAGCAGGAACAUCAUCAUCAUCAGCAGCAUUUCGUAGCUUGAGCUCCAGGCGAAGAUGCUGUGCCGCAAGGUGACCUCGGCGCUGCGUCUGGUAGGCACCACGAUGUUCGCCCUGGUGGUGCUGGGCGCCAUCGUGGCCGCGUACAUCACGGGCUACCAGUUCAUCUCGACCGACAACUACUACCUCUCGUUCGGCCUCUACGGCGCGAUCCUGGCGCUCCACCUGCUCAUCCAGAGCCUCUUUGCUCUUCUCGAGCACCGCAAGAUGCGCCGCGCCGGCACCUCGCUCAAGCCGACGCGUCGCAGCGUGGCGCUGUGCGUGGCCGCCUACCAGGAGGACCCCGACUACCUGCGCAAGUGCCUGCGGUCGGUCAAGCGCCUCGCCUACCCGGGCGUGCGAGUCGUGAUGGUGGUGGACGGCAACUCGGACGAGGACGCGUACAUGAUGGACAUCUUCCGCGAGGUGAUGGGUCGCGCCGCCGUUACCUACCGGUGGCGGAGCAACUACCACGAGCUGGGCGAUGGCGAGAGCGAGCGGUCGUACGCCGAGGGCGAGGCGCGCGUCCGCGAGGCGACGCUUGGCCACCGCCACGUGUGCCUCAUGCAGCGUUGGGGUGGCAAGCGCGAGGUGAUGUACACCGCCUUCAAGGCGCUUGGCAUGGCCGUCGACUACAUGCAGGUGUGCGACUCCGACACGGUGCUGGACCCCGCCUGCACCGUGGAGAUGGUGAAGGUGCUCGAAGAGGAUGAGAAGGUCGGAGGCGUCGGAGGCGACGUGCAGAUCCUCAACAAGUACGACUCCUGGAUCUCGUUCUUGAGCAGUGUGCGCUACUGGAUGGCCUUCAACGUGGAGCGCGCCUGCCAGUCCUACUUCGGAUGCGUGCAGUGCAUCAGCGGCCCGCUGGGCAUGUACCGCAACUCGCUGCUGCAGCGCUUCCUCGAGGACUGGUACGAGCAGCGCUUCCUCGGCUCCAAGUGCAGCUUCGGAGACGACCGCCACCUCACGAACCGCGUGCUCAGCUUGGGCUACUCCACCAAGUACACGGCGCGCGCGCGCUGCCUCACUGAGACGCCCACAGGCUACUUGCGCUGGCUCAACCAGCAGACGCGCUGGAGCAAGUCCUACUUCAGAGAGUGGCUCUACAACUCGCUGUGGUUCCACAAGCACCACCUGUGGAUGACGUACGAGGCGGUGAUCACGGGCUUCUUCCCCUUCUUCCUCGUCGCCACGGUGGUGCAGCUCUUCUAUCGGGGCCGCAUCUGGAACAUCCUCCUCUUCCUGCUCACCGUCCAGUUCGUGGGGAUGCUCAAGGCUGCGUUCGCGUGCUUCCUACGCGGCAACGUCGUCAUGAUCUUCAUGUCGCUCUACUCGCUCCUCUACAUGAGCAGCCUCCUGCCUGCCAAGAUGUUCGCCAUCGCCACCAUCACCAAGGCGGGCUGGGGCACGUCCGGCCGCAAAACGAUCGUUACCAACUUCAUUGGCCUGGUGCCCAUCUCGCUGUGGUUCGCCGUGCUGCUGGGCGGCAUCGCCUACACGGUGUACCGCGAGGUGAGCAAUCCCUUCGACAGCACCGAGCAGACCUUCCUCAUCGUGGGCGCGGCGCUCUACGCCUGCUACUGGGUCGUGCUGCUCUCGCUCUACUUCGCCCUCGUCAUGCGCCGUUGCAAUCGCAAGAACGACCGCUACACCCUGGCCGUGGACGUAUGACCCCCUCCACCCCUCCCCACCUCUCCGAGCCGUGGUGGUGGUGGCUCUGGGUGGUGGUGCACAUGACCCCCCAAUCUCAACGGCUGAGAUUGGGGGUUGCGAUGGAAUCGGUGGUGGGGUUGGUCGAUAGCGCAUGGACGGGCGCGUGCACCGAUGUUGUGUUGUGUGUUCGCUCUUACUUCCCUCCUGUCCGCCACCUCGUACAGGAUGGGAGGGAGGGUGUUGGUUUUUUUUUUUAACAUAGUUGCCGUACCCUCUGCAUCGAGUGGAGUUCCUCUGAGAAUUCUUCCGGUUACAUCCCACAAGCAACGACAACAGCAGCAGCAGAAAUUACUCCACACGGAACUGGAGGAAGGUUCGCUAUGCGGGACCGACCCUUACUUCGAAAGUACUGCCAAAAAUAUAUAUGUAUCAGAAUCUUUAUUUAUCCUGGAGAAAUCCGAUGAGCUAUGAAGCUCUUUUUCCACAGACGUCAAUGUAUAUUGUGACACGACUUUCUCGGCUGAAAAAAAAUGACACUUUUUAUAACAGUUCUAAUUUUCUUUUUCUUCGGGUUAUAAAAAAUAUAUAUAUUGUGCCUUCACUGUCAUUAUAGUGAGCUCAAGCGUGCAAGCUCACGCAUUACGUCUUGCGCUCCAAAGCCAAAGAGAUUUACACGCGAGCCCAUCAUUAGGGGAGGCGAGGCGAAGGUGGUGAUGGUGGCAGUGGUCGCCACCGCGUGGAACUUUACCACCCACACGGGCGAAACGGUGCCCAACACACACAACACGUGCUCCCGCUCUCACACAGCGGAACCAUUCUCGCCCUGCCACGGCUUCGGGGAAGCGGCAUGGGCUCGAGAGAGGAAGGUUUUGUUUAUUUUUAACAAUCGACGCUAUCGACACACCGCGCCAUUAAGCACGGCGACGUGCGAGCAUCGCUCGCAUCUUGGGAGACGCUGCGCAGGAGCCAGCGGAGUCUUAUUUAUUUCACGAGAGGGGAAGGAGAGGUUGAGACAAGGGAGACGGGCGCACGUCUUUGCGUGGCAACAGUGGUCGUUGGUGGAGAGGGGCGUGGGGGCGUGUGUGCUACGAAUUAUAUAAGUGGCACGCCGAGGAAUUGACACAAUCAUCCGAAUCGUGGGAACCUGCUUCCACCCGUUCCCCCUCCGAGACUCAUGUGGCUGGGAGAAUAACUUCUUCCCUAGCAACGUGACGAGACGCCCUCCGACAAAAUAAAAAAACAAACAACACACACGCGCACACGUCGAAAAAAAACCUGCAACCUGGAGACCCGACUUGGAAGGGUCGCCUCUCCAGGUCCGCUGCGUCGAGUUGCGGCUAUAGGCACGCGUUCGCCACCAAAGAGGAGGCCGUGCCUUUACUUACAAGCUGUCGCAGUAUCGACUUGUGCGCAUCUGCACGCGUUCGCCACCAAAGAGGAGCCCGUGCCUUUGGGAGUUCGACUUGGGGUCGCAGUGUCAAUUUGUACCAAUCUGCACGAGUUCGCUACCAAAGGUCACCCAGCUCGCUUGGUCACUUGUUCUUGACCACGCGGUGGAAUUAAUUAUACGAAGCAUCCCAGACUUCUGUUGCUGCUGCUAGCGCAGAUGUUAAGUAAAAAAAAGUACUAUUAUAUAUUUUUUAAAGAAACGAUUUUCACUCUCCCGAGAUCCCAAGUCAACUUCGUUUUCGAAACAAACCCCCCCCCCAAAGAAAACGAUAACGAGAAAACGAUUCCAAAUGCAUUAUGGGAAAGCGUCUGCCUUCAAUGAUGCCCCCCUCUAAUUUUCGGGGGGGGGGGGGCAGCAGUUAGAUUUUUUUGUUGAUUAAUUUUUUGUAUUGCGGAAUGUCGUAAAGUGUCGAGAUGAACGUUGUGGGUUACACGUUGAAAAUUUUGUACUCGCAAUCGUGUCCGUUAACAGUUUACGUACUUCACACACAUAUAUAUACAAAUGUAAACGUUUGACGUAAUUGUUUCAAUAUCGAUGCAGGGCUGCGAACACGAUGUUGCAUGUGCUGCGUUGUGCGGAAGACACGUAGCAGCGGCGAGGGGGUUGGUGAAUUUCAAAGUAACAUUUUUUUCAUUAAGAAUCAAAUAACACUAAAAGAUCGUGGGGUUGUCUAUAAUUUAUAUUCACUGCGUCGUAUGCAUUUCAAGUGCCAUCAGUAUUAUUAUGGUGCCUUUGGUCCGAGUCUGGCUCUUGUCUCUCUCGACUGCCGAGUCGCCGGUACUAUCUCCAAAUGAAUUCCCCGAGGCGUGAUGAACAACGGGACGACACGUGUCUUUAGCGACCGGCAGACCGACCGACCGCCCAGAAGGGCUUCAGUGGGCCACGUUUUCACCGUCCAAUCACUCGUGCACAGCGUUCAGGAGAAGCUCGGCCCCUGCUGCGGAACAUCAGCAACAGCAGCAGCAGGAGGCAAGCGUCCAGGGAAACGCAGAGCGCAGUAUUUAUUUUAUAUCGUAUCGCCCCUUCAACGAUCAAACAAAUUCUCCAAAAUCUCUACUUCCAUCCGAAAGACAAAGAUCCCCCCGUCUGGUCUAAGCAGACUGUUGGGGCAAGUGCUGUUAGCGAGCAGCACCUACGAAGGCCGGCACGGCACACGAGGGGGUGGGUGGCCAGCUACACGCUCGGCCGCCUUUGUCUCCCCAGUGGCGAUGUUUACUACACACCGCAUCAGGUACUCAGUUGAGGUUGAGUCGACCUAAAGGAGGCCCACGACCGGUGCAGAUAAUCGUCACCGGUGUUUUGGUGGCCGCGAGCGGGAGUUGAACCCGGGUCGCCGGGUUCGUAGAGCAGUGUAGCGCUAACCGCUACACCACCACUCCUCACCUGAAGGAAUACAGCAGUUGGACAAACUGCAGGGGUGCUUGAAAAAGGUGGCCAUCAGCAUAGGGACUCCUCUACUUACGAACGAGUUGGUUCCAGAGCUUCUGUUCGUAAGUCGAUUUGUUCAUAAGUCCAACUUCACUCCCGUCGAUUCCAAACGCUUGUACGCUGUGUACACUAAACAGGGGCGAAAGGCUUUAAACGUUGUAUAAUCUUCUGCAGACGUAGAUGCUACUGGUUCUUCACGUUCUGUAGAUGUAGAUUCCACUGGUUCUUCACGUUCUGCAGAUGUAGAUGCCACUGGUUCUUCACGUUCUGCAGAUGUAGAUGCCACUGGUUCUUCACGUUCUGCAGAUGUAGAUGCCACUGGUUCUUCACGUUCUGCAGAUGUAGAUGCCAUUGGUUAUUCACGUUCUGUAGAUGUCGAUGCCACUAGUUCUUCACGUUCUGUAGAUGCAGAUGCCACUGGUUCUUCGUGUUCUGCAGAUGUAGAUGCCACUGGUUCUUCACGUUCUUCAGAUGUAGAUGCCACUGGUUCCUCAUGUUCUGCAGAUGUAGAUGCAACUGGUUCUUCAUGUUCUGCAGAUGUAGAUGCCACUGGUUCUUCACAUUCUGCAGAUGUAGAUGCCACUGGUUCUUCACGUUCUGCAGAUGUAGAUGCCAUUGGUUCUUCACGUUCUGCAGAUGGAGAUGCCACUGGUUCUUUGUGUUCUGCAGAUGUAGAUGCCACUGGUUCUUCACGUUCUUCAGAUGUAGAUGCCACUGGUUCUUCACAUUCUGCAGAUGUAGAUGCCACUGGUUCUUCGUGUUUUGCAGCUGUAAAUGCCACUGGUUCUUCACGUUCUGCAGAUGUAGAUGCCACUGGUUCUUCGUGUUCUGCAGAUGUAGAUGCCACUGGUUCUUCACGUUCUGCAGAUGUAGAUGCCAUUGGUUAUUCACGUUCUGUAGAUGUCGAUGCCACUAGUUCUUCACGUUAUGUAGAUGCAGAUGCCACUGAUUCUUCGUGUUCUGCAGAUGUAGAUGUCACUGGUUCUUCACGUUCUGCAGAUGGAGAUGCCACUGGUUCUUCGUGUUCUGCAGAUGUAGAUGCCACUGGUUCUUCACAUUCUGCAGAUGUAGAUGCCACUGGUUCUUCACGUUCUGCAGAUGUAGAUGCCACUGGUUCUUCACGUUCUGCAGAUGGAGAUGCCACUGGUUCUUCGUGUUAUGCAGAUGUAGAUGCCACUGGUUCUUCGUGUUCUGCAGAUGUAAAUGCCACAGGUUCUUCACGUUCUGCAGAUGUAGAUGCCAUUGGUUAUUCACGUUCUGUAGAUGUCGAUUCCACUGGUUCUUCACGUUCUGUAGAUGCAGAUGCCACUGGUUCUUCGUGUUCUGCAGAUGUAGAUGCCACUGGUUCUUCGUGUUCUGCAGAUGUAAAUGCCACAGGUUCUUCACGUUCUGCAGAUGUAGAUGCCAUUGGUUAUUCACGUUCUGUAGAUGUCGAUUCCACUGGUUCUUCACGUUCUGUAGAUGCAGAUGCCACUGGUUCUUCGUGUUCUGCAGAUGUAGAUGCCACUGGUUCUCGACGUUCUUCAGAUGUAGAUGCCACUGGUUCCUCAUGUUCUGCAGAUGUAGAUGCCACUGGUUCUUCACGUUCUGUAAAUGUAGAUGCCACUGGUUCUUUACGUUCUGCAGAUGUAGAUGCCACUGGUUGUUCAUAUUCUGCAGAUGGAGAUGCCACUGGUUCUGUGUUCUGCAGAUGUAGAUGCCACUGGUUCUUCAUGUUAUGUAGAUGAAUAUGCCACUGGUUCUUCACGUUCUGCAAAUGUAGAUGCCACUGGUUCUUCACGUUCUGCAGAUGGAGAUGCCACUGGUGAUUUGUGUUCUGCAGAUGUAGAUGCCACUGGUUCUUCACGUUCUUCAGAUGUAGAUGCCACUGGUUCUUCACGUUCUUCAGAUGAUGAUGCCACUGGUUCUUCGUGUUCUGCAGAUGUAGAUGCCACUGGUUCUUCACGUUCUGUAGAUGUAGAUGCACCACCGCCAUCUAUUGCGUGGCGUUUGAACUUACGACUCUUGGUUCAGAACAGGCAACUUGACAUACGGAUAGGUUUUUCGUAUCUCUGAAAGUUCCUAAGUCGAAUGUUCAUAAGUAGGAGACCCUGCAGUGAUUUUUUUACGCAGUUCUCUUUGCAGUGCUCUCGCCCAAAACUCCCCUGGUCCCAUCCACUCCGACCCAAUUACAUCACUAAAUGGCCAGAAACAUCCCCCCCACCCCGCGGGCCCACAGCCAAAUGAUGCAGACAAGGAGGUCAACUCUUUUGAGACCACAGUUUCCAGCGAACGAGCAGAGCCUAACGGGCAGAACCUGGUCCUUGCGAAGGGGUUUGCUGGAAGUGCAAAUUGAUCGUUACAUUUAAUGUGGUGGUAGGGGCAGCGGGGGGGGGGGGAUUAUUGAUCGUAAAGUUAAUUGUUUUGGCUCAAGAUCAUAGAGCAGAGCGCAGAACCAAAAUCACCAGACGGCAAAAUCACCAGAUGCCGGCUCGCAAAGAUUUUCAAUGUCGCGUCAGCCAAGUUAACGCGUAGUAGCGGGAGUUUUUGUCACCAAUAUUACUCACAAUAAAGGUUUUUGUUGUUGUUGGGUCAGAUCGCGUGAAUAUAAAUGCGUCGUGAACCACCCGACACGGCCAAUCAGUAGUAAUGUUGUGCCACGUAAACGAAACGUGCCAAUUGGUGACUAGUUCAGCACUUACCGCUUUGUGUGCCCGGAGAGUUAACCCACAACACUCGCAAAUUGAGCACCGUGACAUUUCACCGACAAUUGCCAGAAUUGUGGCAAAAACAGCAGCAGCAACAACAACAAAAAACCUCGAUUAUGAACCGCGUACAUCCCACCGGACUUGCGCCACGUGCGCAUGGAGCUAGGGCACGCAGGCGAGGGGUCGAGUCAGCGACAGGCAACUAGCCUGGUGCCCGCUAGCCAGUUUCUCUACGCCGCCGAAGGUCAGAGGAGCGUGGGAACACGCGUUUCCGAUAUGAAACGGGGGUCAAGCACCUGCUUUUUCGUAACAGAUUUGGAUUAUGUUGACGCUGUGCACGUGUGCGCGCGCGUAACGAUAUGAUGUAUCAGGCCCGCACAGAGCCUCAAUAAAAAAAUUAUAUGAAAAAAAACUGAAUGGGUCAAGCUACGGAGCGAUGCUUCUCAACAGUUUUGGCCCCGUGAUCAACAGGUUUUUAUUUUAGUUUCUUAGCGGGCCACCGUGCAGUAAAAACAGAAGAAAAAUCCCGUGUUUAGGUGAAAACACAAAUCGCAUCUCUGCAACAGUUCCGCGGACCGACUUCCAGGGGCCUAGCGGAGCCAGCAAGGACCCCUCCGCGUAACCUGGGGUGGAGUGGGGGUCUGGGGUAGGAGUCUGGGGUAGGAGUCUGGGGUGGGAGUCUGGGGU